GCAUAUGCUUAUGUCAGACGGAGAGAGAGAGAGAGAAUGAAACACGUUUCAUGUUUUUACGUUGAGAAUCUGUCUGUGCGUAUUAGUUGUAUUAUUUGUCUGCAGGCUGAACAUUUGUCCAGGUAAAUCUAUUUAGAUAGUGUGGUAUCUUCUCCUCAGCAGACGGUCAUUAGCGGUCCUAUUGGAGUGUUAUUUACAGUACAAUUACUUUAGCCAUGGAGGACCCAGAAUUGCGUCAACUAAAGCUGGACAAUCAGCGUUCACUUUUGAUGAAGAAGCAGCAGAGAAGGAGGGCCGAUACCCAAAUGGUCACAGCCAAUAGGGACGCUCGACCCAAGAAAAGCAAGCAGAAGACUGGAGCAGAUGACACAGACCUGUUGAUUACUCAAUCCCAGAGCAACAACUCCUUAAAUGCUGAAGAAGCCCAUGAUAACCCACUGGAGGAAAUUACUCUAGGAGAGCUCAGCCUAAAAACCACUGAUGCUACAGAUGAGAUGCCCCCCGAGAAACCCAUCAUCACCAAAACUAUGGACGUGGAAAUUGACAGCCAGCCAAAGCCUAAACUUAGUACAGAAAAUGAAGGCCCAGCAGAAGUGAAAAAGAAAGAGAAGGAGAAGAAAGAGAAAGGUGUGAAAAAGGAGAAGGCGCAAGCAAAACAGUUAGAACAGAAUGAGGAUAAGGGAGAGGAGAAAGAGAAGGAGAAGCGAGAGAAAAAAACAAAAAAGGACAAAUUGAAAGGACACACCCCAAGUAAAGAGAAGAAAAACAAGACUGAUGAACAAGAGGCAAACACUAUCACUAAGUCUCCAGCUAUUCAGAUAGAUUCCGUAGUAGAGUUUGAGACACCAGAAUGGGACAGUGAUGGUGAGAGAAAGGAUUGGUCAAAAAGCCCCAUCCCAGGAACACCCAAGAAAAAACAACACCUCAACACAUCAAGGUGCCAAAUAAGUGACAAUGAGAGGGAGGAAGAUGAAAUUCUUGAAAGAGAGAAAAAAGAGAAAACUCCAAAAAAGACAAAAAAAGCUGAGAAAGCAAAUCUCGCACUGCUUAACUCCAACUACAGGCAGCAGGACACCUCAGACAGCGACGACAACAUUGGAAGAGUGACAACCCCUGUCUCAGUUGAAGAUCUUGAAAAGUUUGCCCUGCAUCCAGCCCCUAGAGAUACGACAAUCCAGUGCAGAAUCACUCGGGACAGGCGGGGCGUGGAGAAAGGAAUGUACCCCACUUACUAUCUCCAUAUGGAGAAGGAGGAUGGGAAGAGGGUGUUUUUAAUGGCAGGCAGGAAGAGGAAGAAGUGCAAAACCUCCAAUUAUCUCAUUUCCAUUGAUCCAACAGAACUUUCCAGAGACACAGACAGUUAUAUAGGCAAACUAAGAUCAAAUGUGCUAGGCACCAAAUUCACAGUGUUUGACGACGGGGAUAACCCAGAUAAGAAGCCUUUCGUCAAAGAGUGUGAGUCAGUUCGGCAAGAGCUUGCCGCAAUCUGUUAUGAGAAGAAUGUUCUAGGUUUCAAAGGCCCCAGGAAAAUGACGGUGGUUAUUCCUGGCAUGAUGGAGAAUGAUGAGAGAGUGUGCAUUCGUCCAAAAAGUGAUAUAGAGUCUCUGCUCUCCCGCUAUGAGAAUGGUAACACUGACAACCUAGUGUGCCUCAUGAACAAGUCCCCCAGCUGGAAUGAACAGACACAGUCCUACGUGCUCAAUUUCCACGGCCGAGUCACACAGGCCUCCGUCAAAAACUUCCAAAUAGUUCACCCUGACAACGAGGACUACAUUGUGAUGCAGUUUGGUCGGGUGGCAGAGGACGUAUUCUCAAUGGACUAUAGCUUCCCUAUGUGUCCCCUGCAGGCCUUCGCCAUCACGCUCUCCUCCUUCGAUGGCAAACUGGCUUGUGAGUGAUACCAAGUGUGGACAACUCAAUCAAGCAGAAGCAGAGCCUUAAUGGCUUACCAUUACAGUUCUAUCACAGUAUUAAUUGUCAAUGUGCAUUCCAGGUAGUGUUGGAUAAGUGUUUGAUAUUUUUCAACACCUGAGAUUACAGAAAGUAUUUUUUAGAUUUGACAAAAAUUUGACGAAACUAAUCAACGUCAUUGAGUAUAGGUUAUGAUUCAGUCUCAAUAAGGAACACAUAUUGCUACAUGUUAUCUGAAAAACAGCAACUAGGUCCUCUGAAUUAUAUAUUGUGCUUAGAUGUCUGGUAGAUGUAACCACUAGAAUGACAAUGUUGCACAGCAUACCUGUUUUGUGCAGGCUGUUUGAUCAUAUUUGAACUGAAACAUUUUUAUAAGAAAUAUGUAUAAGAAAUAUGUCCAAUUCAUUUAUUUAAUAUUGAUUGCAGUCUUAAGGCUCCGCUCCACAUUAUCAAAGUGUAACGUAUUCAUGUUUUCCAUUUUUUUCUACAUUCCACAUAAUCUCAUAUGUGCAACAUAUACUGAGUAUACCAAAUAUUAGGAACACCACCCCUGUUGCCCUCAGAACGGCCUCAAUUCGUCAGGGCAUGGGCUCUACAAGGUGUCGAAAGCAUUCAACAGGGAUGCUGGCCCAUGUUGACUCCAA